AUGCAGAAGGAUGCAUUUCCGUCUGGUGUGGCUGGUGACCAAGACAUUUAUAAGAAUGAAGGAACUGAGCAGACCCUAAGUGUGGAACGGAUCUUUGUGCAUCCGAAGUAGAACAGCAAUAAUGUUGCUGGAAGGUUAAGUGGAGUUGUCCUGAAAACUGCUAGGUCCUACCCAUUUUCUCUGCUCCUUGGCAGCUUUGACAUUGUAUUACUCUUAUCUUUCAAGAAGCGCAGCUCUGAACAUAUUCAUGCAACCUGGUGUUUUAUGUCCCUCUGGCCAGAUCCUGCCCAGAAAUCAAAUGGACAGCUGGCAUCAACUCUGCAGCAAGCUUAUCUCCCACUCCUGGAUCAUGCUAUCUGCUGCAAUUCAUCCUGUUGGGGCUUGACAGUUAAGGAUAGCAUGGUGUGUGCUGGAUGCCUGAUCACUAGCUUUGUUUCCAGAAGCGGACACAAUAUUUACUCAAAGCUUACUGUGUUUAUUCUUGUCUCAGCUUAUAUUUCCUGGAUGAAUAAUGUUAGUUUGUCAUAG